CCAAAAUGUAAUGUUGUAGUAAUGUUGAUGUAAAUUUAUUUGCAUGAAGCUGUGUGUGAGCAUGUAUAUCUAACACAAAACCACAAAGAGGAAGUAGCAGGCAACAUCAUUUACAUCAAGAGGAAGCCACAAACAAGUGUGUAUGUGGGAUGGAGGUGAGAUAGGGACUACACGUCAAACAGAGCCAAAUCAGGUUUAUGCCCGGCACCUGACUGUAAGUGCACAUUUCUGGACGUGACAGAGAAGCUCUGUCUCAGCAUCCACCUGCUCCUUCAGCUCGCACAGUGAUCAUGGAUUCCAAUAAAGUGAUGGAGAACAUCUACCUCCUGGUCACUGUCACCCUCAUCAGCGCAAUUCAGAAUGCUUUUUUUGCCCAGAAGGUAGAGAGGGAAUGCACGAGUCACAAGACCCAGACAUCUGCUUCUGAGCGAGUAUCUUGUGCCAAUCGUAACUGCAUGGAUGCUUAUCCCACUUUCUUGGCAGUGAUGUGGUGUGCUGGUCUGUGUCUCAGUCAAGCUCCUGCUGCCUUUGCUGGGAUCAUUUACCUCAUAGUCAGGCAGAAGUACUUUAUUGGAUAUCUGGGUGAAACCUCUCAAAGCACUCCAGGCUACAUGUUUGGAAAACGCAUCAUCUUCUUCCUGAUUCUGAUGUGCACUGUGGGCAUCUUCAACUACCUGCUGCUGCGCUUCUAUGGCAGUAAUUAUAAAGAAUAUGUAGAAAUGAUCACUAGCGCUGCAACUGCUCUUCUCCUCCUCCCUUAGGCCAGUCACAUAAUGACAACAAC